AUGGCGUCAACUCAAUCUUCUCUCCACUCAAACAGCCUGCAAGAGACUGUCCGCCCAUUAGCAGCCUUUCCUGAAAACAUUUGGGCUGAUCGUAUCGCUCCAUUUACUCCCGAUAAGGAGGAACAUGAAAUGUAUGAAAGAGAGAUUGAAAUGUUGAAGGCAGAAGUGGCGAGCAUGCUUUUGCCAACCGGAAAAACCAUGACGGAGAGAUUCGACUUUAUAGACAAAAUAGAACGACUUGGUGUCUCGCAUCACUUUGACAUCGAAAUUGAAAACCAGCUACAAGAAUUCUUUAAUGUGUAUACCAACUUUGGGGAGUAUUCAGCUUAUGAUUUAUCUAGUGCAGCGCUUCAAUUCCGACUUUUUAGACAGCAUGGUUUCAAUGUCUCUUGUGGCAUCUUUGACCAAUUCAUUGAUGCUAAGGGUAAGUUCAAGGAAUCCUUAUGCAAUGACACAAGGGGUUUGUUGAGUCUAUACGAUGCUAGUCAUGUUAGAACACAUGGAGACGAAAUUUUAGAAGAAGCUCUUGCUUUCACAACCACUCAUCUGACAUCUGGAGGACCCCGUUUGGAUUCUACUCUUGCAAAACAAGUGAAAUAUGCCCUUGAGCAGCCGUUGCAUAAGGGCAUCCCUAGAUAUGAGGCUUGGCAUUACAUCUCCAUCUAUGGGGAAGAUGAAUCUAACUACAAAUUAUUGCUGAGGCUUGCCAAGUUGGAUUACCACUUGUUGCAGAUGUCAUAUAAACAAGAGCUUUGUGAGAUAAUAAGUUGGGGAAAGGGAUUGGAGAGUGUAUCAAAAUUUCCAUAUGCAAGGGACAGAUUUGUGGAAUGCUACUUCUGGGCUGUUGGAACCUUAUAUGAGCCUCAGCACUCUCUUGUUCGAAUGACUUUUGCGAAAGUAGCAGCCCUUAUUACAAUGAUUGAUGACAUCUAUGAUGCUUAUGGCACUGUUGAUGAACUUCAAAUUCUCACAGACUCUGCAGAAAGGUGGGAUAGCAGUGGAGCAGAUCAACUCUCAGACUACAUCAGAGCUUCCUACACCACACUUCUGAAAUUUAAUAGGGAGGUUGCGGAAAAAUUAGCUAAAAAGCAAAGAACCUACGCAUUCGAUAAGUAUAUAGAAGAAUGGAAACAAUACUUGACGACCAACUUGACUCAGUCAAGGUGGUUUCUCACGAAAGAAUUGCCAUCUUUUGCUGAUUACAUUAGCAAUGGUGCGAUCACAAUCGGAGUCUAUCUUACAGCAUCGGCAGCUUUCUUGGACAUGGAUAAUGCUUCAGAGGAUGUUAUCAACUGGAUGUCAACUAUGCCAAAACUUAUGUUUGCUUGCUCGACACAUGCCCGAUUGAUUAAUGAUUUUGGCGGUCACAAGUUCGACAAAGAAAGGGGCAGUGGCACAGCGCUUGAAUGCUACAUGAAGGACUAUAAUGUAUCAGAGGAAGAGGCAGCCAAGAAGAUUCGAGAGAUGUGCGAGGAUAUUUGGAAGGUUAUGAACGAGGAAUGCUUGAGGCCUACUCCCAUUCCUAGGGAUAUUCUCAAAAUGCUUCUCAAUAUCGUACGAGUAGGUGAAACGACUAACAAGCACCGUAUAGAUGGAUUCACUCAGCCGCAUGCCAUUGAAGAAUUUAUAAGGGCAAUGCUUGUGGAUUUCAUGUCUGUUUGAGGAUGGCAGUGGUUCAAGCAAUAUCAGUUGUGAAGUGUGUUUUUCUAUUUUGCCCACACCAGUAUUUAAUUAUGGCUAGUUUGGAAUUACGUGCAAUGCACAUUGGUAUCUCUCUCUCUCUUUUUUUUUUUGUUUCUUUUAGACUUUUAAUAACGUGUUUGUUUUGACAAAUU